CACUGCAUAUGUGCACAUUGAUAUCUUUUAUAUUUAAGUUUUAAGUAAUUAAUUGUGGCAAAAAUAGAUAAGCAACAAAAUUUGUUAAACAUGGCAACAUUGUUUAUCAGACAGAAAUUGUUGAUUUGACAUUUCACAUUUGACUGUCACUCUCAAUGUUACUACGUUUAUACCGGAAAAAGUUGUGCAAAGUGUCUGUAUCAAUCGGAUAACCAAAAAAGGGUAUGAAACUGUCGUUUCUGGUGCUGAGCUGCUAUCCGCAAUGAGAAGCAACAUAACGCCCUGUGGAUUACGUCCUCAAGUUAAUGGCUAUAUUAACGCAAUAUUAUUAGGAGUAGAGGAGCGUAUUAAAGGGGCGAAAAAAGGGCGAAAUAUGGCAGAUUCAACAGUGGACACUAUUCCUAACUCGCAAGAAAACAGAAAGAAAGACGAGAUGGAAAACUUUGAAGACGAAAUAUGUGCCUUGACUAGUUGCGAAACCAAUCUCGGAAGAACAUUUGCCUUGAGCUGUGUAACGUGCCACCAAUGGUUUCACGGAAAUUGCGUUGACGUGACACGCGAAAUUGCAGAUUCAAUGGAACAAGAAGGUUUGGAGUGGUCCUGCAACGUCUGCACAACAAUACUUGCAUCACCCGUGUUAAAAAAAAACCCUUCAACUGAAUAAAUUGAUCCCAUUAUGUUUCCCCUACCUAAAUACCUAAAUGUUUCUUUUCUUUCAUUUUUCCUUUUCGGCGAAAUGUAGAAACAAACACAGAAGUAUUACAAUUUCUUUAUUAUU